ACAGUCAGAGUAUGACUCACUUACAGACUUCUGCAAUGCAAUUGAUACAUAAAGUUGUCUUAUGUAAACGCAGAGAAGAGAAACUUCAUGAGGACAACUGUCAUUUUGUAGGUUGCUCCGAUGAUAGCAGCAGUGUGCACAAAGGCUUUAAUGGGCAGAGGCAGAAAAACAACCAAAUUGCACCAUGCUGGUAUGGACAUGGAACACUGGGGACCAUCAUGGAGCAGUUCAACCCCUGCUUACGGAACUUUGUUGCCAUGGGGAAGAACUAUGAAAAGGCCCUUGCCAAUGUGACAUUUGCUGCCAAAGGAUACUUUGAUGCUCUAGUCAGAAUGGGUGAACUGGCCAGUGAAAGUCAAGGAUCCAAAGAUUUAGAACCCAGUACGUUCCCUCAGGAAUCCAAUCUUGGGGAUGUGCUGUUCCAGAUGGCUGAGGUCCACAGACAGAUCCAAGUUCAGCUGGAAGAGAUGUUAAAAUCCUUCCACAACGAGCUGCUCUCUGAGCUGGAGAAGAAGGUGGACCUGGAUUCUCGUUAUCUGACUGCUGCCCUGAAGAAAUACCAGGUGGAACACAAGAACAAAGGGGAAAGUCUGGAGAAGUGCCAGGCUGAGCUGAAGAAGCUGCGCAGAAAGAGCCAGGGCAGCAAGAACCCCUCCAAGUACGGAGAGAAGGAGAUGCAGUUUGUGGAGACCAUCAGUAGUAAGCAGACUGAGCUGGACACCUUCAUCGCCGAGGGAUACAAGACAGCCUUGUCCGAGGAGCGUCGCAGAUACUGCUUCCUGGUGGACCGCCAGUGUGCCGUGGCCAAGAACAGCAGCGCCUACCAUGGCAAGGGUAAAGACCUUCUCACUCAGAAGAUACCAGUUUGGCAACAGGCUUGCUCAGAUCCCAACAAGCUGCCAGAGAGGGCCAUGCUCCUGGCCCAGCAGAUGGGCUCUGCUGCCCUCGGGGGCACAAGCCCCCUGCAUACCUCCAAAUCCAACUUGGUCAUCUCAGACCCUAUCCCCGGGGCCCAGCCUCUUCCUGUGCCCCCAGAGCUGGCUGUUUUCAUGGGCAGUGGCCUGGGACACCCAGCGAGGCUGAUAGGCCCCGAUGGUAUGUCCAUGGUAAAUGGGACAACAGGAGUCCAUGGGGAGGAAUAUUGGACGGAUGGUGGGACUAUAUCCGUGUCCCAAGUCAGGCCUUCAUCCCCUCAGACCCAGGCGCAGGGCCAGUCACAGCCUCAGCCACAGAGACAGAUCAGCGAUGUCUACUCCAACACCCUCCCUGUCCGCAGGCCUGCCCCCGCCAAGAAUAAGAACCCUGUGGGAGAGACACGAACCCUGCCCAGGUCCAGUUCCAUGGCUGCAGGCCUGGAAAAGAACGGGCGUGCUCGUGUCCAGGCCAUCUUCUCCCACGCUGCAGGUGACAACGGCACCCUGCUCAGUUUCUCUGAGGGAGAUGUCAUCACCCUGCUAGUGCCUGAGGCCCGCGAUGGCUGGCACUAUGGGGAAAAUGAGAAGAACAAGAUGCGUGGCUGGUUCCCAUUCUCCUACACACGUGUGCUGCCUGAAAGCGACAGUGAGAAGCUCAAAGUGAACCUGCACCAUGGUAAAAGUAGCAGCACGGGGAACUUGUUGGAGAGUGAUGCAUCAGUGCCCACACCUGACUAUGGCCUGACUGCCCGACUGCUGGCACAAAGCCUAGCACAGACCCGCCCACGCCCCUACAGCAUGGCAGGCUUUGGCACACAGCCUGCUAUUGAGGAUUAUGACGCCCGCUUUGCCACAAGUGACCGUUCCCUGGAGGUCUACCUCCGGCCAACCUUCACUGAUGACCGAUCUGCUACCAUCUUCUACUAGCGGCCUGCUGCCCCGUUUUGUCCACUAAUGGGCCCUUUUUGAAGGAGAGAGAGAGAGAAAAUGGCCAACAUUGACAUGUUUGAGUUGGAUGAUGUCAUCACAAGAGGGCCCAGUAGUGUGUUACACCAUAACGAAUUUAGUUUCUUUGCUGUGGAAAUUCACUCUUGAGAAUUUCUGGUUAAUCCUGUUGAUAUUUUUUGCAAAUGCCUCCACAAACAUUGAAUGUCUCAGCCUGAACAUUCAAUUGCAAGUGUGACAAUAGAUUUCAUUAGUUAUUUAGAUCACACCAGUUGUGGAUAAGGUAUGGCUAAUAGGUUUUUACUAGUAAUGCAGUCACAUUUUAUUUAUCUGCACUCAAACAAUGGGAUUGAUGUACUCUUCAACACUAUACACUGUAAAUUUCAUAUUAGGAUUAUUUGCAUUAAUAAGCAGUGAAGGAACACAUAGGUUGUCUUAAUGUGGUUUGAGGGUGAAUAAGAUUGUCGUCAACAGUUCAGUGCAUCACUGUAAUAUGCACAGUGUGUUGAUUGGAUACUGCAGCCAAUAGCUAGAUCAAGUCAGUUGCUGAAUAAACUAUGAUUCUGCUUUUGUUAAAUGAUAUAACAUAGUGAUACAUUUACUAGUUGUGAUACAGUAUACCCAUAUUUUCAAUGUGGUAACUGUGCCUUCUGUUUGUUUUGUUAUUAAAUAUAUGUUUUGUGCAGCAUUGACCCAAUCAUUCUGUAAACUGGUUUGAGGGCUUAUGCAUCACAGUUCAAUUAGUUUUUUUUUUAUAUAUUCCUGAAAAUAUAAGUGGGAUUAUGUCCCUUUUUGUUUUGCUUGUAAUGUCAGGACUUUUCUUUGCUUAGCAAGUUCCUGCACAGUGUGAUUUCACUGAAACACAAAAAUAUUUUUGCUAUUGUUUCCUUGUCUUUUUAAUGUCCAAUGUCUAAGCUGCAAGAUGUCUAAGAGAUGAAUUACAGUGCAAACAUUAUGGGUCUUUAGAAAAAAAAUAUUUAGCUUUGAGGGAGUGGUAGCUUAUCAGAUAAGGUACAGUAUUAUCAUAGAUUUUGAUCGUUCAUUCUCAGUAUUAUACAUUCGUCUGGGAAAAAAGCUUAGAUCAGAGGCAUUUAUCUACAGUAUAAUGUGUGGGGAUAGAAGUGGAACUGUAUGUGAUAAAAAAAUGCUGUGUGUGGUUGUGUUAACGUUAAAAUGCCUCUUAGACUGCAAAAAAUCAAGUUCCAUCAUGAAAAGUAAAUUUUCCAUGGAUGAGUCCUUUUACACUGAGUGAUAUGAUCAGGCUUUUUAUUACACAGCUCAUUUGGGCAGCAAGUUUCAAAUGCGUCUUUUUUUUCCUUUUUUUUUUUUACUUUUAUAUAGCUUUCAUUGUGUCCAUUUCUCACUUUUGUCCCUGUUUGUAUUAUAUCCGUACUGUACAGAAAGUGCAUAUAAAUUAUCUUGUCCAAAAUAAAUCUAAAUGGGCAGACACUUCA